AUGUCAAAUCCACACGGCAAACUCGUUCGACUGGUGUCGCGCCCUGCUUCCCGCCAUACCUGGAAGGCCGAAUUCGAGUGGUAUCGACAAAAUUUCCACGGAUUUCUCCAUACGAGCCUUUUGGGACCAAUUUGUUUCAUAAUUCUUGCCGCCCCUUAUGUAGUUGCUAAGAAAAACACUAUCAUCAUGGCAAUUACUUGGGGCAUCAUAGGUGGCUUCAGCAUUACAAUUGUUGUUGGGGCUGCCCAAAAUCAAUGGCCUAUUCUAUGGUGGGUGAAACAUCACCGAGCCCACCACAAAUAUACAGAUACAGAGCAGGAUCCCUACAACGCCAAAAGAGGUCUACUCUUCUCCCAUGUUGGCUGGCUCCUUGGGCUGAACGAGAAAGCGUGGGGGCCGGUGGACCUGUCAGACUUGAAAAAUGACCCAGUUGUGAUCUGGCAGGAUCGUAUGUACUGGCCUAUUCUCAUCACGGUCGGCAUUCUUAUGCCCGGUGCCGUAGCUCAUUGCGGCUGGAAUGACUGGAAAGGUGGAAUGCUUUACGCAGGCUUGACCCGAAUUAUCAUGACUCAACACAUUACUUUCUUGAUCAACUCAGUUGCUCAUGCCCCGUGGGUUGGCACUCAGCCGUACUCUACUAGUACAACUGCGCGGAAUAUCCCUCUUCUCGCUAUAUUGACAUUAGGAGAAGCGAACCACAACUUUCACCACGCGUUUCCGACUGAUUAUCGGAACGGAGUAAGUUGGAAUGAACCGGAUUUCUCUCGAUGGAUUAUCUGGCUGUGGGGAAGAAUUGGAUGGGCGAAAGAUCUAAAGACGGCUAGUCCAUUUGAGAUAAAGCAGGCUCGCCUCAACCAGCAGAAGGCAAAAAACCAGGGCCAGAAUGGCAAGUCCGAGACUAUUCAAGCCUUAUCCAAGCUUCCACCAAUGAGCUGGGAAGAUUUCGAGAGGCGAUCAGGCGAUAUGCACCACCUUACCUGCAUCAACGGAGUGGUAUAUGAUGUCGCAGACUUUAUGGAUACUCACCCAGGUGGUCGUGACCUGAUUGAGCAGUCACUUGGGAAAGAUGCCACUGAACUCUAUCAUGGUAGUCAUCUUCACUCUCCGUAUGCCGAUAAUGUUUUGAAGGAUCUACAGGUCGGGAUUCUGGAAGGCGCUCGUCACUGA